CUCCGUCAAGAUGGUCGCGCUCGACGAGUACACCUACGUGUUUGCCAUCGGCACCAUCUUUGCCCUUCUGGAUGCCUACAACAACGGUGCAAGUAAGUGUUUCACCUCGGUCCAUGUGGGGUGGUGGGAAUCACACUAACCAUUCACCUUAGACGAUGUCGCAAACUCCUGGGCCACCAGUGUGUCGUCGCGUUCCAUCUCCUACCGUCAAGCCAUGAUCUUUGGCACCAUCUUCGAGUUCCUCGGUGCCGUCUGCGUCGGUGCCCGUACCGCUGAUACCAUCAAGAAUGGAAUUAUCCCCGUCUCAGCCUUCCGUGGUGACGCGAGUGUCCAGUUACUUGCCUUCGCCUGUGCCCUAGCCGCCGCAUCCUCCUGGGUUAUGUGGUGCACCCGACACUCCACUCACGUCUCAUCCACCUACUCUCUUGUGUCUGCCGUGGCCGGUGUUGGUGUUGCGACGGCGGGCGCGUCCAAGGUCCAGUGGGGUUGGAACAAUGGCAAGGGUCUUGGAGCUAUCUUUGCCGGCUUGGGAAUGGCUCCGAUCAUCUCUGGUGCGUUCGGGGCAAUCAUCUUCAUGUUGAUCAAGGUCGUUGUGCACAUGAGGAAGAACCCUGUUCCAUGGGCCGUCUAUACCUCCCCCUUCUGGUUCCUGAUCGCCGCGACGAUCUGUACUUUGUCGAUUGUGUACAAGGGGUCCCCCAGUUUGGGUCUGAACAAGAAGCCGGGCUGGUAUAUUGCGGCCGUCACGCUGGGAUGCGGCGGUGGUGUCGCCAUCCUGUCCGCCCUCUUCUUCGUUCCUUUUGUGUAUUCCCGUGUCAUCCGCAAGGACCAGGAUGUGAAGUGGUGGAUGUUCAUAAUGGGCCCCAUGCUUCUCAACCGUGCAUCCCCAAAUGUCGGAGAACAGGCGAAGAUUCCCGAUUACGCUGUCGUCCAGGAAGACCAUGAUGACAGUGCAUCCGUUCCCUCGACGGCUGGCUCCACAACCGGAGAGCUCUCCAAAGACCACACCCAGACCAAGGAGAAGGCACUAGUCGUGGCGGAGACUAAGGCCACAUACAAAGAGCUCGUAGCGCAGGGAGAGGCUAGAUUCCAUGCCAGACUCAUGAAGAAGCGUGGUCCUCUCGGAUGGGCGAUGCGCACUCUGCGGGACAACCCAAUGGGCGCUGGUGAAAUAUACGAAUGGCGCAACAUCUUCAUCCUUCUGAAGCGAAUCCCUGCCAUGAUUACGGUUGCUCUUCUCUACGGUAUGAAUUAUGACAUCCACGCCGCCCAGUCUGGUGUUCACGGUACCCCGGAAGGUGACCGCAUGAACCGGGUAUACUCCCAUGCCGAGAAAUAUCCCAAUGAAGUGGAACAUACCUACUCGUUUGUGCAGAUUCUCACCGCCUGUACGGCCUCUUUCGCUCACGGUGCCAAUGACAUCGGAAAUUCCGUGGGACCCUGGGCUGUGAUGUACUCCGCCUGGACGACUGGCGAUGCUGGUAAAUCCAAGGCUCCCGUCCCCGUGUGGCAACUCGCUGUACUCGCCCUGACUAUCUCCGCCGGCCUGAUCACCUACGGCUACAACAUUAUGAAGGUGAUGGGAAACAAGAUCACCUACCAUUCGCCGAGUCGUGGUUGCUCCAUGGAGAUGGGCGCUGCUCUCACUGUCCUCAUCUUCUCCCAAUACUCCCUUCCCGUGUCGACAUCCAUGUGUAUCACUGGCGCUACGGUCGGCGUCGGUCUCUGCAAUGGCACCUACAAAGCCGUGAACUGGCAGCGAGUCUUCCUCCUUUUCAUUGGGUGGGUCGCUACCAUUCCUAUUGCCGGCACCCUGGGUGGAGUCCUGAUGGGCUUGUUUUUGAACGCUCCUCACUGGUCUUAGAGAAAGGCCAGUUUUUGUUUUAAGUAAUGCGCCCGAUAUGGCUCACCUCUUUGCAUAUAUUAAUUCCCCUUUCCGCUUCACAAUGUAACUACGGCAUGCGAUGGCAUAGACCACCAGAUUCAGUUUACUCUUCAUGAA